UUUUUCUGUAGCUAUAUGGCCAGAAAUUAGCAGAGUACGGAAAGACAUGUAUAACGACACGUUAAAUGGUAGUACGGAGAAGAGAAGUGCAGAAUUACCAGAUGCUGUGGGACCUAUUGUACAGUUACAAGAGAAACUCUAUGUGCCUGUAAAAGAAUAUCCAGAUUUUAAUUUUGUUGGAAGAAUCCUUGGGCCCAGAGGACUAACAGCUAAACAGCUUGAAGCAGAAACAGGAUGCAAAAUAAUGGUCCGAGGAAAGGGCUCAAUGAGGGACAAAAAAAAGGUCUCCUUUAAGAGCAGAGGCAACCUUGAUCCAGCAGUUUUGGAGGUAGAGGAGGAACAAAAUAGAGGCAAACCCAACUGGGAACACCUGAAUGAAGAUUUACAUGUACUAAUCACUGUGGAGGAUGCUCAAAACAGAGCAGAAAUCAAGCUGAAGAGGGCUGUUGAAGAAGUAAAAAAGUUACUGGUACCUGCAGCAGAGGGAGAAGACAGCCUUAAAAAGAUGCAGCUGAUGGAACUUGCAAUUCUGAAUGGCACCUACAGAGACGCCAACAUCAAAUCACCAGCCCUUGCCUUUUCUCUUGCAGCGACAGCCCAGGCUCCACGGAUUAUUACUGGGCCUGCGCCUGUUCUCCCACCAGCUGCCCUGCGUACUCCUACGCCAGCUGGCCCUACCAUAAUGCCUUUGAUCAGACAAAUACAGACCGCUGUCAUGCCAAACGGAACUCCUCACCCAACUGCUGCAAUAGUUCCUCCAGGACCUGAAGCUGGCUUAAUUUACACACCAUAUGAGUAUCCCUACACACUGGCACCAGCUACAUCGAUUCUUGAGUAUCCUAUUGAACCUAGUGGUGUAUUAGGUGCGGUGGCUACUAAAGUUCGAAGGCACGAUAUGCGUGUCCAUCCUUACCAAAGGAUUGUGACCGCAGACCGAGUCAGAAUGGCAACAGUACAAAACUCUAUCAAACCUCAGAAUUUAUUAAAUAUAAUUAAGCUGUUGAAUGAGUCUUAAAAAACAUA